ACAUUAUGUGUGUGUUAGUGUAUUUGUGCGCGCGUGCGUAUGCAUAUAUGUGCGUGUGUGUUUAAGUGUGCACCUAACAUAAAAAAAAAAAAAAAACGCGACAAGAAAGAAGAAGUCUGAAGAAACACAAACGACGGACGACCAACGACGGCUGACAACACACUGCGCACGCACGACCCUCCCGACCCUCCCUGCGUCUGUGGAAGUAAACAUUUGUCCACUCGUUCUGAAGAGGUGAGUUGGGAGAGGAUUCUCGGACCUCCAGUUACGACACAUUUACGCAUAUCCACACGAACUUCGACCCAUCUCGCCACCAUGAAGAAACGUCACCUGCUGGUCUCCGCGCUGUCUCUAACGAGCCUGUUGUCCUUAACGCUAAGCAUUCCGUCCGUUUGGUUUAUCAGUCAACUCGGAGAUCCGCGGGGAUUUAUUCUGAUUGAAGGAGCCAAGAUGCAGAGUUCUUAUAACUUGCUUACUGCUGACUCGCUGUGCACGUGUCGACGGCAGUGUAUAACCUUGCCGAGGUGUGUUGCUGCCUCUUUUGUCGCUUGGCAACACAGCAACGAAUGCCAGCUUAGCACAGCAGAUAUCAACAGUACCCACUUCACUCUACAGGAAGACUCUUGGCUCAUGAUGUGGAGGACCAUGAAAGGCAUCAGGUUUUGGAUAGCUAACGACGGACGUCUGUACCUGUGGCUACAACAGCUGGUGCCGGUGAGUGAGGCUCAGGCCGCGUGUCAGAGGAUUCCCGGAUUUCACCUUGGUGUUUACUCGACUCGAAGGUCCUUCUAUGUGAUCAAGAAUUUCUACGAGAAAGAUGGAACCGACGUGGCUGUCAACCUCAAUCUGGUCGACGGACAGCCAACCUGGGCCGACGGAACGAGCCACUACGACACUCACAUCUUCUCCAUCUACGGCAUCAUGUUGGGCAAAGACUCCUACUUCAAGCUCUCCGCAGGGGUCAUCCGAAACACCGCCGGGAGCGAGCUGGCGCGGGUCCUCUGCCAGGCGGACCCUAUGACCGGGCGAAUCUGGUAACGACCGUUGGGUCUUGAGGGCUUGGGGGCGAUCUCUCGGCGGUGGGAGAUUCUCUGGCGUUGCGUCUCUUGCAGAAUCAUCGGGUGGAUGUUCAAAAUGGCCUUGGUUUUGAGAAAAUCGAUGAUGUUGAAGUGAAUUGUAAGAUUUUAUUGAUUUUUUUUGAUAUCAUAAAGAGGAAAUGAUCAUUACAAUUGGCAUUGCUAUUAUCACCAGUAUUGUCGAAGUAAUGAUUAAUCAUUGUUGUUUUUCUAUAUUAUAAUCAUUAUAUCACUGUCAUUGUUA